AUGAAUACUGGCCCCCAGAAUUUAGUCAGGAAAGAGCCUAACAGGGCGCAGUUGCGGAGCCAGCUCUUGAACAACGAUCUGGGAACAAUAGAUUUGGCACAGGAGAGGCCCAUUAAUCAAGCUGCACCAUCCCAAUAUCCCAUGGCUCCUGCUUACAACAAUGCGUACCAACCUCAGCAGCCUCAAUACGGCCAGCCUCCUUUUCAACCGGGAAGAGCUUCGUACGUGCAACAAGGCUACCAAGCCGCAGACCAGCGCAGGCCCUCUUUGCAAUCCCAAUCAGCAGGUGGGAAGCGUUCAUUACAGUCAAACGCCAUCAGUGGUCUCUUUAAAAUGCGCAAUGGGAGAUCGAAGGCUAAGGACAGCGAUGAAGAAGAUGACACUUUUAUGACAGACGGCGAUAGUUCCAUUUUGACGUUCAGCGAUAUAUCUUCACUGAGAAAUAACGGAGGUCACAAAUAUGGAUUUGGUGGUGCCAUGGACGACACUUCACCUAUCAUUCCAACUCUGAUUACCAAAGGUCACGAAAAGAUGAAUAACAUAGAGUACCGUAAGCACCUUGCAGCUCAGAAAAAAAUGACCAUGAACGCUCUGUCAAAGCAAAAUAAGCCAAUGCAUCAGGUACCGCCCCAAGGGGGACCGCGAACGAUGUCACUUCAGCACUCCUACAAUCCCUACAAUGCACAGGCGCCCCCUAGAGACAACUUCAACCAGGGACCACCAUAUGCGCGUGCAAAUUCCAUGAUGUCUGGUCCUCCUCCACAGAUGCGCUACCCAAAUGCUAGGGGGACACCGCCGCCACCUGGUGCUGGGGCCCCUCGGACUAUGUCUUUGACCACAAACAGAAGAAAUAUGGCCAACCCACAGGGAGGUUUCCGACCGCAGGCAGCUGCCUUUGCGGCGCGUCCGACUAGCCCCUAUAUUGGAGGCCAACCACCGAUGCCUUACCAGGGACCGCGUCCUAGCAACAUGAUGGUAGCCCCAGGCGGAGGCUAUCCAAUCCAGGACAUCAAACCUGCAGCCCCGUUACCAAACGAAAAUGUCACUCCUCACUCCUCCUCAUCUCUGGUUAGCUCAAAUAGCCUCGCUUCUCACCGGCCAUCAAGCCAAACACCUGACAGUCAGAAUAUUGACGACCCUUCCACCGUUAGCAACUUGUUGUCAGGGUCGGCCCAAAAACUUCCAAGAGAAUCGCCGCUCAAGUCUGAAGUGAACAAUACGGGGAAGCUGAAUAUAAUCAAGCUCUCAGACCCUCAACAAGCAUUGAGAGACAAAGAACAAUUCCUUCAAGAACGGGAACGUUUGAUCGCUGAGAAAGAAGAGGAAUUAAGAGUCAAAGAGCGUGAAGCCCAGGAGCAAAAGACGAGAAGUGCAACAGUUGAGAAACAACCUCCGCUGAAUACUUACAAUACUGUUAGCGAGCAGUCGCCAAAAUUUAAACUAUCAAGACAAAGAUCAGAUCCCCAAGUAACACAACCGAAUAGCGGAAGAAUUGGCAGGCGUUCUCAGGUCCAGUCGAUGGCAACUUUUGAGUCGUCUUUGAGCAACGAUUCUCCAGUGAAGAAAAAGGAUGAUAAAACAGGAUUGUAUAUGCUAGACAAUGCUACUGAGGGAAAUGCCUACUUCACUGCUUCUGAUCUUCUUAACGAAGAAGCUUCCAGACUCCAUGAGAAUCUUUCAGAUGUCACAAUAACGAGGGAUGAAACAAAACCCGAAAAAACUGCUAGCAGUAGCGCUGGUGCACUUAACAAAGGACAGGACGAGUCGGAAGGCAAAACUGCUGGGAUGGGGAAAGCUCGCAAAUUUUUCAAGCGCCUGUCGUCAAGUGGAGCUAAAUCAACAAACUCCGUCACGAACAGUCGAAAAUCUAGUAUGAGCAGCGUUCGAAGAGUGUCUAGCUCCGAAAGCGUUAUUGCUGACAGAAGGGCGAGCCCUGAAGGCAAAAAAAGUUGGAGUGUCAAAAGUGACAAUACUAAGCGCAGAUCGUUUCACUCUCUCUUCUCCAACUCAUCCAUUGGUUUGAACUCCACCGAACCUUUGAAACCACAUACAGGUCUCACAAAUAUUGAAGAAAAACGAGGGAGAGACGACGCUGAUGCUUCCAAAGAACAAGGAGUGUACCAAGAGUCUGCUGGGCCCACAUCCCCUGUAAAACCUCUAAGAUUCGACAACGCUAACAAGAGGUCAGACUCAAAUUCCGAGAAAUCUGAAGAUGAAGCCGAUCGAACCCUCGAAGCGAAUUCUCACGAUGAGGAAAAUGUGGGGAAUGAAUUUGUUUUUGACAACUCUGUCAGCCGGCCAUACAAGCAGACUUAUUCUUCCGAGUCUGAACUUGAAGCUGCGUCAGAACUAAAUCCAAAAUCGAAGCUGAGAACAAUUUCAAUAUCAGGAUCGCAAACGAGUAUAUUGAAUGAACAAGGUACGCUAAUGAACGAAAUCAACCUCUUGUCGAAAGAAUUAGCUGAAUCAAUUGCCAGGGAAUCGAGAUUAGAACAACAACUAGCCGGUAAGGGCAAGGACUCAAAGGAGAACGAGGCGCUCUCUAUAACAGACUUUGAAACUGAGCUGCGCAAAAAGUCAACAAAAAUUGUCGAGCUGAUCCAGCAACUUAACGAUGAGAGACUAAGAAGGUACAUUGCAGAGGAGCAAAUAAUGCUACAAGAACAUGGCGCGAAGCCAAGCAGCGUGGAUCUCAUUCACAAAAUUCAAAUACAGAAUCAACAGAUUGUUGCGAAAGAUGAGGAAAUAUCUAAGCUCAAGGAACAAUUGCAAAGGACACAAACUUGA